AGUGGUUGUGUGGAUCAGGGACAUCACACUCUCCCGAGCACAAGCAGGGAGCGCAGCACCUUGUACACUCCUGUAAGCCGAAUUAAGUUCAUGACAGGCAACCGUCCUCCGGAGAAACGUCGUAUUUUCUACAAAGUGGACCCGACGCACUUGUUGUCACCAUUUGUUACUGUCUGGACUCCAACUCUGUGUGGUGACCCAAGGAACCAAACACUGGUCACAGAUGGACUGGCUCACACCUGAGAUGUGAAGUGUGUUAUGUGAGCCAAGGUGUUUUCCCACCUCACUGGUGGUGGGGAGAGAUGCUGCACUCCGUUGCCAUGACAGCAGAGGUUCUCUUUGUUCUCUGGUUCCUGAUGAGCAGUGCGCAGAGUAAUCCUAUAACAACCUUACCAGUUAGCCGGGAACGUCUGGAAAGGGUGCUGACCCAGGCCAGGGAGGACAAAGCGGCCCCUAAGCAGCUGCAGCCUGAGGACAACAAUACUUUAGGUCUAAACAGAACUGGUGUGAGCCGUGCCAGACCAAAUCUUAGCUCCCAGUCGCGGGGGCCUAAGGGUGGGAAGUCCCAAGAGCUGUUGACUGAGCAAGACACCCUGAACCAAAUAGAUGUGGGCCCCACGAGUGACGUCACCCUCUCCUUGGAAGCCAUCGACGAAUACGCCUACCCAGACUACAGGGGUAAAGGCUGCAUGGAUGAGAGCGGCUUUGUAUUCGCCAUCGGGGAGCAGUUCACCCCAGGCCCUUCCACAUGCCCUUGCCUUUGUACAGAUGAAGGUCCUCUGUGCAGCAAGCCUGACUGUCCCAGGGUGCACCCUCGCUGCGUUAAAGUGGACACCAGUCAGUGCUGCCCGCAAUGCAAGGAGAAAAAGAACUACUGUGAAUUUCGGGGAAAGAUCUACGCUUCACUAGAGGAGUUUAAGGUGUCUCCGUGUGAGAAAUGCAGAUGCGAGCCAAGCGGGGAGGUACUGUGUUCUGUGUCGGCUUGCCCUCAGACAGAGUGUGUGGACCCGGAAUAUGAGCCAGACCAGUGCUGUCCAAUCUGCAAAAGCGGUCCCAACUGCUUUGCAGACACAACUGUGAUACCUGCCGGACGAGAGGUGAAGAUCGACGAGUGUACAAUCUGCUACUGCACAUACGAAGAGGGCACCUGGCAGAUCGAGCGUCAGGCCACCUGCAGUAAGAACGAGUGCCAGCGCGGUUAGAGACUGGCACGGUGAGAGGAACGUUGGCAUGCGACACCAGCGCCAAUCCAUGUAAACACUUGGCCUUUCACCCAGACUUCCGGACAUCAGGGUCAGCCUGCAGCCUGCGACCAGCUCAGCAUUUGGAUUCUGUACUAAGAAGAGGCUUUUAUGAAGAUUUAUAAUCCAGACACAGAAUAUCUAUUUAUCUAUGUAUUGAAUUGUUUAUCAAUAUAUACAAAUACUGUAUAGGCAGGCGUCAUUAUGCUGAACUAGCUGUGAUAUUUUUAUAGGCUCUGUAUUUUAAUAAACAGCGUCAUGGACCGCAAAGAAACACAACAGAAUGUAUAGAAAACACCGGCUGUCUCUUGGGGGCAGAAAUUUUCCGUUUCCGUAAGUCUGACAAAUCCUCACACCGAUUCCUUAACGACCGCAGUCCAGACAAGACCCGUGCAGUCAGUCAACUGUGGAGCUUUGCUGUUCCAAGACGAUCAAGUACGGAGCUAAAAGUGAUGUUAAAGCUGGCCUGACUGUUUAUGACUUGUGCUGCGUUCUUUUGUCUGUUUCAAAUGUGCUUUGAUUUGAAAAGUGCUUUUUUGUAUCUUGGUGCUGUGUGAUCCUGUUUCAAAUAAACGCCAGUCUGUGGC